GGCCAUUCUUCCUGGCAACAGGUAAACGAGAAAAAAAAAGGAUUCGGUUUACGAAAAAAAAAGUGAUCGAAGCAUUUAUACUGAAGUCAAAUUUAGUUUAAGGAUAGUUAAUUAACUAUCCUAUUGUCGAACUUUCAGCUGCUCCAUUAGUCCACCUGUUUGGACUUCGAAUGUCUCUGAAAUUUCAAGAGCGUUCCUCUUCUGGGGUUUUUCCAGGAUUAGAAAGGAUAAACCAACGACUCAAGAAUAAGCCCUUUGAAAAAGGCAGAAGAUCGAUGAAAUGGUGGGCUGACCGACCCCCACGUGGAAAGAUGUUCGUUGUAGUUUCAAUAUUUGCCAUAAAGUGGCGCUGCAAUGUGAAACCCGAACACGUCAAGAAAUGUACCUCGUAUCCCGGGAAGGGGAAAGGACGUCGAAUAAGUGAACGAUUGUCCAUCUGCAAUGUGAAACUCGACGGGCACUGGGUAUAGUCCAGGUAUAGUUGCUUACCCACUCGUUCAUGUCACCUCUUCUUUGGUUUGGUCCUACAAAUGGCUUCCUGUAAUUGUAUGUAAACUGGAAGUACGGGUAAAUGAUUGGGGUCUGCUGAAAUUUUAAAGCAAGGCGUGAUGCCAGCCAAAACAAAGCCUCGUGUUCCAGAAAGUAUGGGGGUUGGAAGUGGUUUGGUCGAUGCAAGGGCCAAGCAGGUUUUACGAGAAGCUGUUGAUGCUGUAGUGAACAGUUUCGCAAAGCAUACUCAAGGCUAUGGACGAGUUAAUGUCGUUGAGGCAUUGCAAGAAUUUUGGCAAAUGAAGCAAAGCAGAGGAACUGAGUUACGAAAUGGAGCACUGGUGAUCUAUGAAUCUGUCCCUGGAGCAAGCCCGCCAUAUGUCUGCUACGUUACUCUCCCAGGUGGUUCAUGUUUUGGUAGUUUCCAAAACUGUCCUACUAAGGCAGAAGCACGUCGUUCAGCAGCCAAAAUUGCACUGAUGAAUUCUGUGUUCAAUGAACAUCCCUCCAGACGUAUCACUGAUGACUUCAUCGAAAAGGCUGUUGCAGAAGCUAGAGCUAGCUUUGCCAAGCCCUCGUCCACACCAAAUGGAGUUGGCAGCCAGUCGCAGGGGAGCGGAGAUGAGAAGGAAGAUCCCAAUACAGGAAUUGGAGCUUUCAGAUUUAUGUUGGAAUGUAAUCGCGGUCGAACUAUGCUAGAAUUCCAAGAACUGAUGACUGUCUUUCAGCUUUUACACUGGAAUGGAUCUCUAAAAGCCAUGCGUGAAAGACAGUGCAGCAGACAGGAAGUCGUCGCGCACUAUAGUCACCGGGCGCUGGACGAUGACAUGAGGAGCCAGAUGGCUCUUGAUUGGGUUGCUAGGGAACAUGAAAGUGGUGGAGGAAUUGUAGCAAUGGAGUUAGCAUUGGCUGAAAGGGAAUUAGAAACAGCUAGAUUAGCCGGACGUGAAUUAAGAUUCCCCAAAGAGAAAAAGGACAUUCUUAUGUUGGCGCAUGCACAGGUCUGUCCUCAAUAAUUCUUAUAUCAUUAUCACAGCAAAAAAAAGCUAUUGGGAUAAAUGCGGAUUUGUUUACUCAAAGCUUUGACAGCAACAUUCUGAACUAAUUUUUUUUCGUAUUAACUCAAUUGAAAAACUUGAUGCAUUAGCUAUAAUCAAAUGAUGAACUUUUGUGUCGUUAUCGCUUAUGAUAUUUCAUAUUAUACAUAUUGCAUCACUGCCAAUAGCUUUCCUUGAAUGUUAUUGCUUUUCGUGAUGUUAUUUUCAUUCCAUAACAUGUAUUAAGGGUUUCUUAAGAAAGUUAUUUUCAUUGAAGAAACAUACUUUUUGAAUAGCUGCGUUGCAUUACUUCAAUAAUUAUAAUUGCUAGUACUUACGACAAAACGUGUACUGCAUUUUUCAUUAACUUAGUUGGUGAUUUUACUGUGGAACUAUCGGGUCACGGAUUGUAUAAUAAUUAAAUUAGACUCUUAGAAAUGUUAGUAAUGAGAACCUAUUUUUUAGUUAUUGAUAGGAAAGUUAUUUGAAAUCAAAAUAUGCUGAUACAUUUAAACUUCGCUUUUUUAAGCUGUUUUUUUUUUUAAAACUCAAAGUAUCACACUGCCGACGAUGCAGUCGAUAUUUCUAAGAUCAAAUUUAUAUCAAGUCUAGUUAUACAUAUAUAUGUAUAUGUUUUCCACGAAUUUUUACAUUGUGACCAUCGUUCCACGAAUAAAAAUAGCGUUACGUGAUAAUAUUUUAUACCUACAUUUAUAUGCGAAUUUUUGAUCAUUGAUAAACGAAAGAGAUGAUGAAAGAUGGAAUGGUUUCACUAAGGGUACUCGAAAUUCUACACUACAUGAUUGGUGGGACAGAAAAAACUAUUACGAUGUAAGCACACUUCUACCGUACUCUGCUUAGCUACAAUAAACGGACACAGUUUUAUCUUUGUUUAUUAAAUAUUAUAUUAUUAAUAAAAACGUUUUAUAAUAG